AUGUCCGUCCUACAGAUCACUCUGGUCGACCUUCCCGGCUUGACCAAGGUCCCGGUCGGGGACCAACCGGAUGACAUCGAGCUGGUCAUCCGUAAUAUGGUGCUGCAGUACAUUAAUCCCGAGAACACGCUGAUCCUGGCCGUGACCCCUGCCGCAGAAGAUCUGGCCAAUUCUGACGCUCUGCAACUCGCCCGUCAAGUCGACCCUAAAGGUUUGAGGACGAUCGGCGUCCUGACGAAGCUGGACCUGAUGGAUCGAGGCACAAACGCGCGGACCGUGCUGCAGAACCACCUUUACCCGCUCAAGCGAGGAUAUAUCGGGGUGUUGAACAGGUCCCAGGAGGACAUCCAGGAGGGAAAGGACCUGAGUGCCGCCAGGGAGGAUGAGGAGUAUUUCUUCCGGAAUCAUCCUGCUUACAGUGACCUGCUGGACCGGGUGGGAACGAGAACCCUUCAAAAGUUACUGAACCGGCAACUGGAGCAGCACAUCAAGGAGAAGCUCCCGGGGAUCCAAAGCAACUUGAAGCAGCGGAUGACCGACCUCCAGGAGGAGCUCCAGGUCUUGGGGGCCUUCGACGACCGCAGGACGAACAACAACGAGAUCUUGCACAUGUCCGGGUGGAGGUCUUCGGGGAAGGGGGGAAGGAGGGGAGGAGGAGGGGUGAUGGCUAAGUUCAAUAGGAGGAUUCAGACUUCUCUGAAGGGGUUCGACGAGACGGUGGAGAUAAAGGAGUUGCAGAUGGGUGUAGUCAUCAAUGAGACAAUUAACGUCAAAAUCAUCAAUGGCCUUCUGAACGAGGUAACUGACCUGCUGGACCGGGUGGGAACGAGAACCCUUCAAAAGUUACUGAACCGGCAACUGGAGCAGCACAUCAAGGAGAAGCUCCCGGGGAUCCAAAGCAACUUGAAGCAGCGGAUGACCGACCUCCAGGAGGAGCUCCAGGUCUUGGGGGCCUUCGACGACCGCAGGACGAACAACAACGAGAUCUUGCACAUGUCCGGGGUGAUGGCUAAGUUCAAUAGGAGGAUUCAGACGUGUCUGAAGGGGUUCGACGAGACGGUGGAGAUAAAGGAGUUGCAGAUGGGUGCAGUCAUCAAUGAGACUAUAAACGUCAAGAUCAUCAAUGGCCUUCUCAACGAGGUAACGGCUCCUAGAGAACUGAUCGGUUCUUCGGAAUGCAACGCUUUUCUUGUACUUCGCUUUGAUGCGAAGCAGCUCCUGCCGACUCGGAAAGAGAUGUUGACCGCCUUGAAGAACCUGGUGGGCCUGGAGAACUACAUCGCGGCGCCGCAGCAGGCGUUCCGGCGGAUGGUGAGGCACAUGGCCGGGAGGUUCCGGGAGCCGAUGAAGGUGGCUGUGGGGCUCGUGAUGGGGCACGCCGGCGAGGCGCUGAGGAUCAGCGCCUUCAAGGUCGUUUCUCGUGGAACGUAUUGCAAUUUAUUCGCGGAGAUUUCGAGCGACACAUCAUGGUUCUCUCAGGAGAUCCAGUCCUUUCCCCGGCUGAUGCAAGACGUGCUCGAAAUGUCGAUGGAGAAGCUGCGGCAGAACGAACUGGAGUGCAAGAAACUCCUCGACAUAUACGUGGAGGCGGAGGGCGCCUUCAUCAACACUCACCACCCGUGGAUGGACCGGAUCGACGGCCUCGCCUGGAGCAAGCAAAGGUCGUCUCAUGAAAUUCUCAUCAUUAAAGUUUCAUUGAUGAAACGGUGGAGAUAUGACCAGACUUUGGCCUUCGGCCCUGGAAAGGCCAAAAGCGAGAGAGACGAACUGACCGCGAACAACCUGAUCGCCCCGAGGAUUGUUUCGGCUCCGCCAUCGCCGAAUGCGACAAAAGUGACGAAACUCCAUCAGGGGUAUCUGGAGCUCGAGAGCGACGCCACGUUCUCCAAGAAGAGGAAAUCCGUCUGGGUCGUCGUCACCAACGUCAGUCUCGUCGUCUACAAGGACAAUAAGGUCAUCCUCAUCGCUAAUUCUUCCUCAUCGUGCAAGCAGGAAGAAACGGAAAUGAUACAGCUGAAAAAUAACGAUAUCCAAAUGACGGUGAAAACCGACAUGAAAAAGGGCAUGAGGCAGUUCAUCGUUUCACGAAUCGACGGCAGGGUCCAAGAGGGUGCAACGCAACAGACGUUACGCCCUCUUGGAUUCAAGUCGCGCGGUCCCUUUUCUUGCCGCGUCAGCACAGGUCCCUCACUAACGUCCCUCGGAUUCCCGAUUCCCUCAAGGCCCAUCUCCCUCGGGGCGGGGCGAGUGAAGACCCUCGAGUUCGCCCUCGACGGGAAGGAGGGCAGGGAUGCAGGGGACCUGUGGGAGGCCAAGUUCAAGGAGGCGGGCGUCGACGUCCGCAACAUCGGCAGCUUCACCACGUUUCUCGAAAACGACGUCCCGCAGAACGUCCCCCCACCCCCGCCCCCGUCCGAAGACAUCGACUUCUCGCAAAAACUUUCCGCUGACAAGGCGCUGAACAAAGACGCCCAGGGUUUCAUGGAAGAGAUCCACAAGUACAUGCUGAUCGUGAAGCAGACCAUCCAGGACCUCACGCCCAAGUACAUCGUUUGGACGAUCAUCGACCAGCUGCUGACAUACAUCGAAGAGAGGCUGGAGGCUGAACUCCGGGACCGGGGCGACCUCGUGAGUCACGUCACACUCAAUCACGAAAUGACACCCGCCGACACGUCUGACCGUAAUUUCUCACCCCCCCCCCCCCGCCCCGCCCCGCCCCGACAGGACCAGCUGAUGGAGCCCGGCGGAGACGAGGAGCUGAGGAAGAGGCGGAAGCUGAACGAGUACGACGCGACGAGGAAGGCGGUGGAGAUCAUCGACGGGAUCGCCUGGCCUAGCGCCUCCGCGGGGCUCUGA